AUGCCUCGAGUCUUGGUGUUCGGAGCAACAGGCUAUCUCGGCCAGGCCGUCACCCAGGCCCUGGUCCGCAGCGGCCUGCACACCGUCUAUGGACUCUGCCGAUCUGCCCGCAAGGCCCAAGCCCUGGCUGCGUCCGAGGUAACCCCCGUCGUCUGCGAGGACCCGGCGAACACACCGGGGCCGUACCUGGACGCGGUGCGCCGGUCCCGAAUCGACGUCGUGGUCGACUGCACCGCCGCGUACGGCGACAGCGCCAAGUUCCUCGCCGGCGUCAAGGCCGCCGGGCAGGAGCGGCUGGACGCGUUCAGGGCGGAAGGCGUGGCCGCGCCUCCCAAGAUGGGCUUCAUCUACAUCUCCGGCGCCUGGGUGCACGGCACGGCCGACGCCCCCGUCUCCGACCUGGACCCCGUGGGGACUCAGUCUGCGCCCGCGCCGGCCCUGGGUCUCGUGGCGUGGCGGCCCGAGCUGGAGCGGCAGGCCCUGGCGGCCCGCGACGUGCUCGACGUGCUCAUCUUCCGCCCCGCGCAGAUGCACGGGCGCAGCUCCGCGGGCUGGGGUGCCCUGUGGGGGCCCAUCGCCCAGGCCGUGGUCGACGGCCGGGGCCACGUCCAGCUCCCCGUCGCGCCGACCUCGCAGUCUCCCGUGAUCCACGUCGACGAUGUCGCCUCCGCCGUCUGCCUCGGCGCGGGCAAGAUCUCCCUGCUGGGAGGCACCUCCGUGUACCCCGUCUUCGACCUGGUCUCGACGACCGAGAACAUCCGCGACAUCCUCUCCGCGUUCGCACGCGCACUGGCCGCGACGAAGGGGAAGGGAGGCAAUCUCGGGCCCGAACUCGAACUCGAACUCGUCGGGCCCGGCGACAACCCUUUCCUCCAGGCGUUGGGUGCCACUGUGAUGUAUGACAGCGCCCGGGCGCGAGAAUUGCUCGGUUGGGAGCCGAAGAGGAACGGCCUCGUCAAGGCAAUGGACAUCUACGCAAGAGCGUGGGAAGCGAGUCAGUGA